AUGACACUUCCUUAUGGAAUCCAAUCUACCGCCUUGCUAAAUACUUCAUAUAUUGGAAACACAUCGAAGCAUGUAUCAGAAGAGUUCUUGUUUUUAGAAUCCAAGUGGGCUCAAGUAUUUACAGGAUUAGUUGCUUUUACUGCAAUUGUCAUUACCUGUCACCAAAUUUAUUUGCAUCUAAUUAAUUAUACUUGUCCAAAUGAACAAAGAUGGGUCGUUCGAAUUUUAUUCUACGUGCCAAUCUAUGCAUUUGAGUCAUGGCUAAGCUUGCUUUUCCUAAAACAUGAAGAUUACUAUGUGUAUUUCGAUUCUGUACGAGAUUGUUAUGAAGCAUUUGUGGUCUACAGUUUUCUAAGUUUGUGUUAUGAAUAUCUCGGUGGAGAAAGUUGCAUUCUGUCGGAAAUUCGUGGUCGUGAGUUACCGCGAUCAUGGGGAUUUUGUACUUGUUGCUUUUAUAAUCAAACGUAUACAAUUGAGUUUCUGCGAUUUUGCAAACAGGCAACUUUACAGUUUUGUGUGAUUAAACCGUUGACAUCGAUUGUAACUAUUAUUUUACAAGCUAUUGGCGUAUAUAAACAUGGAAUUUUCAGCUCUACAAAUGGCUACUUAUAUGUGACAGUAGUAUAUAAUGGAUCUGCAUUUGUGGCACUGUAUGCUUUACUUUUAUUCUACUUGGCUACUCGAAGCAUCCUACAACCAUUUGAUCCUGCGAUCAAAUUUGCUGUAGUUAAAUCCGUUGUAUUCUUAUGCUUUUGGCAAGGUAUUAUACUAGCUAUUCUAGAAAAAACUGAAGUUCUGCCCGCUUUGCCGAGUACGAACGCCGGUACAGUUGCAGCAGGCAUACAGAAUUUCUUGAUAUGCUUAGAAAUGUUAAUCGCCUCAUUUGCUUUACGCUUCGCUUUUCCCUCACAACUAUAUACUGAUGGAGUCGAAACUGGACCAGCAAAUAGUGGCUAUGAUAGUCUUCGUGGAGUUGGUGGUGAAGUUUCUCUUGAAUCCAAGAAGCGUGGAUUUCUACCGUCUUCUGAUUCUCUACGUAGUCUGCGGGAUACAUUCAAUCCUAAAGAUAUGUUUAAUGAUGCGAUUCAUAAUUUUCAUCCGAAUUAUCAAAAAUACACUCAACAACGUAACCUCAAUGAUUUCGAUGAUGAAACAAUCGAUUCUUAUCAAGGUAAUACAUUUAAUGGUAAUACUGAUUUAACUAAUAUUCAAUCAACAGUACCAGCUCCACCAAUACCACCACCACCGAGACCAUAA